UUUUUUGUGUCAUUCCUGGUUGUAUUUUUUGGCAUUUUUCCUCAGUCGGGCUCUUCCCCUGAGUUAUGGAACUCAAACCCAGGGAAGUAUUUUUGAGAAUAUUUCACAUUUUGCGCUGUUUUCUCCCUUCUUCCCCGCUUCCCUGUGCGUCAUUCCUGGGUGUAUUCUUGACAUUUUUCCUCAUUUGGGCUCUUCCCUUGACUCACGGAACUCAAACCUGCAUAGGUUUUUUUGACAUUAUUAUGCAUUUUUCACAUUUUAGGCUGGUUUUGCUUUUUUAUUCCCUGCUUCUCUCUGCGUCAUUCCUGGGUGUAUUUUUCUGGCAUUUUUCCUCAUUUGGGCUCUUCUCCUGAUUUAUGGAACUCAAAUCCAGGGAAGUAUUUUUGACAAUAUUGGGCAGUUUUCACACUUUGCGCUAUUUUCUCCCUUUUCUUCCUUGCUUCCCUCAGCGUCAUUCUUGGGUUUGUUUUUGACAUUUUUGUUCUCAUUUGGGCUCUCCUCCUGACUUAUGAAACUCAAACCCGGUAGGUACUUUUGACAUCAUUAUGAAUUUUUGACAUUUUAGACUGGUUUUGCCUUUUUCUUCCAUGAUUUUUUUGUGUCAUUCCUGGUUGUAUUUUUGGCAUUUUUCCUCAGUCGGUCUCUUCCUCUGAGUUAUGGAACUCAAACCCAGGGAAGUUUUUUUGAGAAUAUUUCACAUUUUGCGCUGUUUUCUCCCUUCUUCCUCGCUUCCCUGUGCGUCAUUCCUGGGUGUAUUCUUGACAUUUUUCCUCAUUUGGGCUCUUCCCUUGACUCACGGAACUCAAACCUGGAUAGGUUUUUUGGACAUUAUUAUGCAUUUUUAACAUUAUAGGCUGGUUUUGCUUUUUUAUUCCCUGCUUCUCUCUGCGUCAUUCCUGGGUGUAUUUUUGGCAUUUUUCCUCAUUUGGGCUCUUCUCCUGAUUUAUGGAACUCAAACCCAUGGAAGUAUUUUUGACAAUAUUGGGCAGUUUUCACACUUUGCGCUAUUUUCUCCCUUUUCUUCUUUGCUUCCCUUAGCGUCAUUCCUGGGUGUAUUAUUGGUAUUUUUAACAAUAUUGGGCAUGUUUUACUAAAACUGCCUGUGUAUAGUUUUACUAACUGAUGCUUUAUUGUAGGUUAUGUAGACAAAAAACAUUUUACGCACCAAAGAAACUGGCUUGAUGGCUAUUUCGGCUUUCAGGAAAUGUAAACCUUGCAUAUUGUAUCCGUGUAAUUAGACAAAAAGGGGGUGGUUCCUUGUUGAAAGGUAAUUAUGGAGGAAUUUGAUAGAAGACAUUAACACCCAUUGGGGUGUGUGCAAGUUUGUUUUUCUGUUGCCGUCACUGGCAAACUUAUAAACAAAAGCACAGAGGCACGAAGACUGGAAACCUGCGGAUAACGCAGGCAACACACAUCACUCUCCACUUCAGUGCAACCUUUGGAAUGUACUGAAAACUUUAGUGAACAAGGAGCUCAUCUCAAGCGUCAUCAUCAUGGCCACCGUAGGUUCUGUCCUGCUGCCACUGGCUGUGGUCUUUGCCCUCACAGACCCCACUCGAAGCUUCGACCCACUCACCGGAGCGUCCUUUAAUCACCGCAACAUCACCGAAAGGGCAAUCCUCAGAAAGGUGGCCGAAGUCUGUCGAGACAUUGCUGCCGGAGACGGAGUUCCCUUCGACCUGACAAUUGAUGACAGUCUGACACCCGACCAAGUAGUCCAGGCAUGCUUCACUCCAACCAGCCUUAUCUCCAGCGUUUCCUUCAUUGCCGUCAUUGCCGAAAUUUACCUAAGCAACGGCGGCGUAGAUUUACGGUUUGCAAACCGUGCAGAGUACCAUUUUAAUGACGAGACCUUCGAGAUGGGACGGACCUUGAUCACAGAAGGUGUGUCUGCUGUCAAGGCCAGCACCAACGGGGGAAACUUCAUCACAGCGCGCCUUGUUCUCGGGGAAGUACUUCACACUCUGCAGGACUUCUACAGCCACAGUAACUGGGUGGAGUUGGGGAACACGGUUCCUUACGACGCCUUGAUCACACCUGCCCUACCUCUUGAAAAUCUAGCUGGCCCAACUGUCCCAACUUGUACAGACUGUAUAAAUGAAAACUGUACCGACAACAUUUUGCCUGCUGUGCUGGAUGACGGCCUUCUCAUAUCUGGUUACUUCGACACAUUGUCCUCAAAUAAGCCGGAAGGUAAAUGCAGCCAAGGAGGUCCUCUAGACUUGACAAGCACACAGGAGCCAGUAGGGGGCAUCAACAAGGACACUUUUGACUCCGACCAUGGCUUUCUUCACCAAGAAGCGGCCGAUUUGGCUCUUAAUGCUAGUUUGGAUCUUCUGGAGGACAUCAGAAUCGGUGUAAGAGACCAGAACUUUCUACGGGUGCUAGGCGUUUUUUCCGCGCCUGUGCUGUGUUUUGUCAUCGACACAACAGGCAGCAUGGGUCCGGAAAUAGCUGAAGUAAAAAGAGUUUCCAUUGACAUCAUCACAAGUCGGCUGGGAACCGGUCUGGAACCUCCAUUCUACAUAUUGGUUCCUUUCAAUGAUCCAGAAUUCGGACCCGUAACACAGUCGUCCGAUCCCGACCUUUUUAUUGAACGUAUCAAUGAGCUGACUGCCUUUGGAGGAGGUGGUACGCCGGAGUUGAGCUUGUCUGGAUUGCAGCUGGCCCUAACUGCGGCUCCGCCCUUUUCUGAGAUCUUUCUCUUCACUGACGCUCCAUUUAGAGACGUUGAAUUGAGACCCACCAUCCUUGCCCUCAUAGCGAACACCAGGUCAAGGGUGACGUUCAUGCUAACAGACGUCCUGAGUUUUAGGAGAAAAAGAGAACUUGAAGGUUUGGCACCAAGGGUUGUGACUCAAACACAGGCUGAGCUGUACCGGGAAAUUGCUUUGGCCUCUGGAGGUCUGACCAUCGAAGUCCCUAACUCAGAUCUCUCAAUGGUUACGGUUUUUAUCGAGGAUUCCAUAGCCACUGCCGUGGUGACUGUUUUUCAAGAAACGAAGAAUCCCGGAGCGGCCUGUAAUUUCUCAUUUUUCAUCGACGACACACUAAGAAACAUAACUAUCCUCCUCACAGGAACGCCAUCUCUCGACUUCACCCUCCGCAGCCCCACCGGUACAACUCAGACCUCCAGCGGGGUCAGUGGACCUCUGGCAUCUUUCAGCUUGGCAGGUAACUUCAGACGACUGAGGCUCAACGACGACAGUGAAACCGGACUGUGGGAAAUCAGUGUGAACUCCACCGAUCCCUACUCUGUAAAAGUCAUAGGUCAAAGUUCACUGGACUUCAUCUACAACAUCGUGGAAGUCCAGGAUGGAGCCUCCACAGACUUCUUUCGGCGAGAAGGCCGACCUAUUUCAGGCGGUAACGUCAGCCUCUUGGUCACACUGACAAGAAGUGACGGUGUGAGUGUCACACAGGUCGCGCUGUUAAACACCUUGGACGGCACAGAGGUCAACGGGACAUUGCAGGCAAUAACAGAUUCGACCUACGUGGUGAGGUUCAGUAACUUUACAGGAGGUACUUAUGUGGUUCUACUGAGAGGAGUAGCAAGCAACUCGACGUCAAGGAUGACGCCAGGCAGCUUCCAGAGACAGGCCCCCACUCAAAUCACAACUUCCAACAUCGUCAUCAAUGCUCUACCCAACAUCACCGUCAUAGAACCGGGCUCUUCCACCACCAUCCCCUUCACUGUCGCCCUGAUCAGCAAUGGCGAAAUAGACCAAAGCGCAAUGGGGACGUUCACGGUGAGUGCCACCAACGACCGCGGCUUCCCCCUAACAUCGCCCGGCACGGUCACCAUAGGAGCCGACAGCGGCGGGAUCGGCAACGGCACGGUGACUCUCGGCACCCGUGAGGACGCGUUGUCGGGAUCGGACGUGACGCUCACCAUUGCGGCGGGGGACGCAGCUGCCGUCAAUAGUAACGAUGUCGUACUUCGGUUUCCAGUGUUCAGGGUGACAGAUAUCAGUGCGCCAGUGUGCCUGGGGAAUACAUCCAGCAACUGUCCUGCUAAUGAAUCCAUCUGCGGGUCUUUCAUGUGGGACUUCAUAACCACCGUCACGGACGGAUUCAACGGGACGGACGUUGAAGUCAACAUCCUUGAAGGGAACGGGACCCUGGAGACGAGCACAGGGGUGGGGCCGGGCGGCGAGAACAUCACUGUGGUCUCCUACUCGGCCUCCUGCUGUGCAAACCGAGUGGUGCUGUCCGCCGUGGACAACGCAGGAAACGUGGGCCGUUGUGUGGGCCAGGCCAGAGAGUCGGACCUUGAAAUUGUCCCGCCAGUGUGUUUUGGGGUCAAUGCCACCGCCUGCCCUAGCAACAUGUCACUCUGCGACUCCACCCAGUGGUCGUUCGUCAUCAAUGUGACCGACAGCGACGGGACGGGCAUCGCAAACAUCACCGUCGCUUUAGGGGACGGCACCCUCAACACCAGCACGGAGGUCGGGCCGGACGGGGAAGUGGUCAGCGUGGCGUCCUACACGGGGGGCUCCUGCUGUGCGGAGAGAGUGGUGCUGGCCGCCACGGACAAUUCAGGAAACGUGGGCUUUUGUUCCGUUAAUGCCCGAGAAGCCGCCCCGACCCCGGAUCCGCCCCCGACCUUCAUCCCAGUCGAUCAAGGCGAUGACGACGAGACAAACGGCGGGGAAACCCUCAACACGCUUCCUCAUCUCUGGAUUGCUGCCGUGGUUCUCUUGCUUUGGAUAUGAAAAGGUUGGAAAAUGCAUCGUUAAAAAAUCCUUUUAUGAAUCAGGAUUUUUUUUUUUUAUUCAUCCAGUUAUUGCAUUUUAUGUACAAAACCCCAAACCAGUGAAGUUGGCACCUUGUAUAAAUGGUCAAUUAAAACAAAAUACAAUGAUUUGCAAAUCCUUUUCAACUUAUAUUCAAUUGAAUAGACUGCAAAGACAAAAUAUGUAAUAUUCAAACUAAGAAACUGUUUUUAAUUUUUGGCAAAAAUGUAUUAACUUAGAAUUCAAUGGAAGCAGCACAUUGCAAAUAAGUUGGGCCUUUUCACCACUGUGUUACAUGGCCUUUCCUUUUAACAACACUCAAUAAACGUUUGGGAACUGAGGACACCAAUUUUCUAAGCUUUUAAAUAAAUAAAUGGGUAAAUGGGUUGUACUUUUAUAGCGCUUUUCUACCUUCAAAGUACUCAAAGCGCUUUGACACUACUUCCACAUUCACACACACAUUCACACACUGAUGGAGGGAGCUGCCAUGCAAGGCGCUAACCAGCACCCAUCAGGAGCAAGGGUGAAGUGUCUUGCUCAGGACACAAUGGACGUGACGAGGUUGGUACUAGGUGGGAAUUAAACUAGGGACCCUCGGGUUGCGUACGGCCACUCUCCCACUGCGCCACGCCGUCCCAAUUUUCAGGUGGAAUUAUUUCCCAUUCUUGCUUGAUGUACAGCUUAAGUUGUUCAACAGUCCCGGGUCUCCGUUGUGGUAUUUUAGGCUUCAUAAUGUGCCACACAUGUUCAAUGGGAGACAUGUCUGGACUGCAGGCGGGCCCGCACUCUUUUACUAUGAAGCCACGCUGUUUUAACACGUGGCCUGGCAUUGUCUUGCUGGAAUAAGCAGGGGCGUCCAUGAUAACGUUGCUUGGAUGGCAACAUAUGUUGCUUUUAAACCUGUAUGUACCUUUCAGCAUUAAUGGUGCCUUCACAGAUGUGUAAGUUACCCAUGCCGUGGGCCCUAAUACACCCCCAUACCAUCACAGAUGCUGGCUUUUCAACUUUACGCCUACAACAGUCCAGAUGGUUCUUUUCCUCUUUGUUCCGGAGGACACGACAUCCACAGUUUCCAAAAAACAAUUGGAAAUGUGGACUCGUCAGACCACAGAACAGUUUUCCACUUUGCACCAGUCCAUCAUAGAUGAGAAGGGGCCCAGCAAAUACGUUUCUGGGUGUUGUUGAUAAAUGGCUUUCGCUGUGCAAAGUAGAGUUUUAACUUGCACUUACAGAUUUGGCGACAAAUUGUAGUUACAGUCAGUGGUUUUCUGGAGUGUCCCAAAGCCCAUGUGGUGAUAUCCUUUACACGCUAAUGUUUUUUCAUGCGGUACCGCCCGAGGGAUCGAAGGUCACGGGCAUUCAAUGUUGGUUUUCAGCCUUGCUGCUUACGUGCAGUGAUUUCUUCAAGUUCUCCGAACCUUUUGAUGAUAUUACGGAUGGUGAAAUCCUUAAAUUCAUUGCAAUAGCAGGUUAGGAAAUGUUCUUAAAUUGUUCAACAAUUUGCUCACGCAUUUGUUCUAAGCGGUGACCCUCGCCCCAUCCUUGUUUGUGAAUGACUCAGCAUUUCAUGGAAGCUGCUUUAAUACCCAAUCAUGGCACCCACCUGUUCCCAAUUAGCCUGCUCACCUGUGGGAUGUUCCAAAUAAGUGUUAGAUGAGCAUUCAACCGUCUGUCUUUUUUGCCACUUGCGCCAGCUUUUUUGAAACAUGUCGCAGGCAUCAAAUGAGCUAAUAUUUGCAAAAAUUUAAGUUUGAUCGUUUAAUAUAUUGUCUUUGCAGUCUGUUCAAUUGAAUAUAAGUUGAAAAGGAUUUGCAAAUCAUUGUAUUUUGUUUUUUGGUUUACUAUUCACACAAAGUGCCAAAUUCACUGCUUUUGGGUUUUGUAACAAUUGACGGCGUUCGAGAUAGAAUCAGAGUUUUGUUGGGGACAACUAUUGAUUCAAUCCGAUUCCAAGGGGCCAAUUCUUGCUAAUUAUAAUUUGCUAUACUCAUAAUGAAACUUUUUCAAAACAUUUAACAGGUUGGAAAGCUGUUUCUGGUUGCAUGUUAAUCAGGUUUUUAAAAACUGAUUCUUAUUAAAAAAAAAAAAAAAAGUUUUUUAAGAUUUAAAAAAAUCAGGGGGGUGGGGCGUUGAUUUUAAAUAAAUAACCAUUUUAAAAGUAUUUGGGGUUACUUCUAUUUUUUAAUUGAUUUAGGAAAAUGUAUUCAAAUAGGAAUGACUAAAAAUUGCAAUUUGGAUGUGAAUCUUUUGUGCACACCUUUCGGAUAUUAAAAAAAAACUAUUUUUAGGCGCUACUGCAGGGGUCAGACUAGGGCUGGGCGAUAUAUCGAAUAUACUCGAGACAUCACGGGUUUGUCUCAGUGCGAUGUAGAAAAUGACUAUAUCGUGAUAUUCGAGUAUAUGUUCUCACGCAGUUUCUUAUAGCUGCUGGCAUUACACUAAAAGGCUUUUCUCACUCUCUUGUCUUUGCUUCUCACAGAGAGAUAAAACAAGCGCACCUUCUUAAAUACGUCACAUGUGCAACAUCAUACACCCCGGCCGAGCAGAGAGGUAGUGGCAUGGGUAACGUUAGCUGUGGUGCUAGCGGCGCGGUGCGAGUGGUAAUGCGAGAGAAAGAAGGUGUGGAUCUGGUAACAAAUGGAAGAAUUCAUUCCCAAGAAAUACAGCACAGGGUCCAUUGUCUGGCAGUGGUUUGGCUUCAAGUGGGAAGAUGUUGAACAGACAGCCGUAAUGUUCAACAUCUUUUUAAAGCAUUGCUUUAAAAAAGUAGCAGCACUAAUAAUUUGUAGCAUCAUUAGAGCAGGGGUCAGCAACCUUUUUGAAACCAAGAGCUACUUCUCUGGUACUGAUUAAUGCGAAGGGCUACCAGCUUGAUACACACUUAAAUAAAUUGCCAGAAAUAGCCAAUUUGCUAGAUUUACCUUUAAUAAAUAAAUCUAUAUAUAUAUAUAUAUAUAUAUAUGGGUAUUUCUGUGUCAUUCCGUCGUACAUUUUUUUUUCCUUUUAAGGAAUGUUUUUUUGUAGAGAAUAAAUGAUGAAAAAACACUUAAUUGAAAGGUUUAAAUAAGGAGAAAACAGGAAAAUUAAAACGUAAUUUUGAAACAGUUUCUUUAAUUUCGACUCUUUUAAAUUCUAAAUUCAACCCCAAAAAAUUAAGAGAAAAACUAGCUAAUUCGAAUCUUUUUGAAAAAACUCAUUUAUGGAACAUCAUUAGUCAUUUUUCACGAAUAAGAUUAAUUUUAGAAUUUUGAUGACAUGUUUUAAAUAGGUUAAAAUCCAAUCUGCACUUUGUUAGAAUAUAUAACAAAUUGGACCAAGCUAUAUUUCUAACAAAGACAAAUCAUUAUUUCUUCUAGAUUUUCCAGAACAAACAUUUUAAAAGAAAUUCAAAAGACUUUGAAAAAAGAUUUGAAUUUGAUUCUACAGAUUUUUCUAGAUUUGCCAGAAUAUAUUUUUUUUAAUUUUAAUCAUAAGUUUGAAAAAAUAUUUCACAAAUAUUAUUUGUCGAAAAAACAGAAGGUAAAAGAAUUAAAUUAAAAUGUAUUAUUAUUUACAAAAAAAAAAAAAAAAAAUACUUGAACAUUGAUUUAAAUUGCCGGGAAAGAAGAGGAAGGAAUUUAAAAGGUAAAAAGGUAAAAGUGUUUAAAAAUCCUAAAAUAAUUUUUAUGGUUGUAUUUUUUCUCUAAAAUUGUCUUUCUGAAUGUUAUAUGAAGCAAAGUAAAAAAAUAAAUGAAUUUAUUUAAACAAGUGAAGACCAAGUCUUUAAAAUAUUUUCUUGGAUUUUCAAAUUCUAUUUGAGUUUUGUCUCUCUUAGAAUUAAAAAUGUCGAGCAAAGCGAGACCAGCUUGCUAGUAAAUAAAAUGUAAAAAAUAGAAGCAGCUCACUGGUAAGUGCUGCUUUUUGAGCUAUUUUUAGAACAGGGCAGCAGGCGACUCAUCUGGUCCUUACGGGUUACAUUGGUGCCCGCGGGCACCGCUUUAAUGACCCCUGCGCUAGAGAAUGAAGAGUGCUUGAAACUCCGCAUGUCAACAUCUCCGGCCAAAAUGCCGACGCUACCAGCACUGACCCAAUUGAGGCUGAUGUCUUCCAUUUCCAGAUCAACACUGUAUGAAAUAGUCAACACCAGAAGGAGAUAAUGUCCGCAGUAACCUACCACAUAGCGAAGGACAUACACUAUUUGAUUUCCUAUUAUGCAGCUCUCGCUGGAUCGGUUUGCAGCCGAGUGUGAAGCGACCGGAAUGAGAAUCAGCACCUCCAAGUCCGAGUCCAUGGUUCUCGCCCGGAAAAGGGUGGAAUGCCAUCCCCGGGUUGGGGAGGAGACCCUGCCCCAAGUGGAGGAGUUCAAGUACCUAGGAGUCUUGUUCACGAGUGGGGGAAGAGUGGAUCGUGAGAUCGACAGGCGGAUCGGUGCGGCGUCUUCAGUAAUGCGAACGUUGUACCGAUCCGUUGUGGUGAAGAAGGAGCUGAGCCGGAAGGCAAAGCUCUCAAUUUAACGGCCGAUCUACGUUCCCAUCCUCACCUAUGGUCAUGAGCUUUGGGUCAUGACCGAAAGGAUAAGAUCACGGGUACAAGCGGCCGAAAUGAGUUUCCAGGUCUCUCCCUUAGAGAUAGGGUGAGAAGAUCUGUCAUCCGGGAGGAACUCAAAGUAAAGCCGCUGCUCCUCCACAUCGAGAGGAGCCAGAUGAGGUGGUUCGGGCAUCUGGUCAGGAUGCCACCCGAACGCCUCCCUAGGGAGGUGUUUAGGGCACGUCCAGCCGGUAGGAGGCCACGGGGAAGACCCAGGACACGUUGGGAAGACGCGACCCGACCUCAGAUAAGCGGAAGAUGAUGGAUGGAUGGAUGGAUGGAUGAUGCAGCUAAAUGUUAUUUGACAGUUAUUGAAAUAUCUUGUGUGACAUCAUGCACAAAAGUGCACUUUAUUUGUUUUAAUCUAUUGUAGUGGUGUCCUGUACAAAAAGUGCACUUUAAUUUAGUGCCGUUGUGAUAUGUCAUCUUAUUGACAUCAUGCACAAAAGUGCACUUUAUUUGUUUUAAUCUAUUGUAGUGGUGUCCUGUACAAAAAGUGCACUUUAAUUUAGUGACGUUGUGAUAUGUCAUCUUAUUGACAUCAUGCACAAAAGUGCACUCAUAGCUUGUUUUAAAAUGUCUGACAAUCUUGCACUUUCUGUUUUGGAAAUGACGUGAAUGUUUGUGCCACUGCUUGAUAACUGUUUAAUAAAUACAGUUUUGGUCAAUUGA